AUGCCGCCGCCCGGACACCUGGGGCAGCGGAAGGACCGGGCGAGGAGCAUGCCGCACGCCACGUGGUCCAGGUGCGCGGCCCAGUGCUGCAGAUCCUGUACCAGGCCCAAGGAGGGGAGUUGGGGCUCACAGAGCCCGAGGCAGGGUGUCCAGGGAGGGAGACACAGGCAGGGUGCCCAGGGAGAGCCAGACCGCUGGGGAGGGGAACCUCACCUCCAGGCUGCUGGGGAAGGAGGAGGCCACCGUCUGCUGCAGCACCAUAACCAGCCCUGAGGGCAGACAGGCUGGCUGUAAAACCAGGAUCCAGCAUCCAGGGCCCCCAGGCAGAAAAUCCAGCAAGCCUAGCAUCAGGAGGAUCACAGGAAACUUGUUGCUGGCCCGGCUCCUAAGUGGCACUGAGGUCAGUCUGAUCUGUCACCACCCACUUCCUCACACUCCCACAUGUAGCAUCUAGCCAAUCAUGCAUCAUCCAUCCCACACUCAUACAUGUAGCAUAUAGCCAAUCAUGCAUCAUCCAUCCCACACUCAUACAUGUAGAAUACAGCCAACCAUGCACCAUCCAUCCCACACUCAUACAUGUAGCAUAUAGCCAAUCAUGCAUCAUCCAUCCCACACUCAUACAUGCAGAAUAUAGCCAAUCAUGCAUCAUCCAUCCCACACUCAUACAUGUAGAAUACAGCCAACCAUGCACCAUCCAUCCCACACUCAUACAUGUAGCAUAUAGCUAAUCAUGCAUCAUCCAUCCCACACUCAUACAUGCAGAAUAUAGCCAAUCAUGCACCAUCCAUCCCACACUCAUACAUGUAGAAUAUAGCCAAUCAUGCAUCAUCCAUCCCACACUCAUACAUGUAGCAUAUAGCCAAUCAUGCACCAUCCAUCCCACACUCAUACAUGUAGAAUAUAGCCAAUCAUGCAUCAUCCAUCCCACACUCAUACAUGUAGCAUAUAGCCAAUCAUGCACCAUCCAUCCCACACUCAUACAUGUAGAAUAUAGCCAAUCAUGCAUCAUCCAUCCCACACUCAUACAUGUAGAAUAUAGCCAAUCAUGCACCAUCCAUCCCACUCUCAUACAUGUAGAAUACAGCCAAUCAUGCACCAUCCAUCCCACACUCAUACAUGUAGAAUAUAGCCAAUCAUGCAUCAUCCAUCCCACACUCAUACAUGUAGCAUAUAGCCAAUCAUGCAUCAUCCAUCCAUCCUACACUCAUACAUGUAGAAUAUAGCCAAUCAUGCACCAUCCAUCCCACACUCAUACAUGUAGAAUAUAGCCAAUCAUGCAUCAUCCAUCCCACACUCAUACAUGUAGCAUAUAGCCAAUCAUGCAUCAUCCAUCCAUCCUACACUCAUACAUGUAGAAUACAGCCAAUCAUGCAUCAUCCAUCCCACACUCAUACAUGUAGCAUUUAGCCAAUCAUGCAUCAUCCAUCCCACACUCAUACAUGUAGAAUAUAGCCAAUCAUGCACCAUCCAUCCCACUCUCAUACAUGUAGAAUACAGCCAAUCAUGCACCAUCCAUCCCACACUCAUACAUGUAGAAUAUAGCCAAUCAUGCAUCAUCCAUCCCACACUCAUACAUGUAGAAUACAGCCAAUCAUGCAUCAUCCAUCCCACACUCAUACAUGUAGCAUAUAGCCAAUCAUGCAUCAUCCAUCCCACACUCAUACAUGUAGAAUAUAGCCAAUCAUGCAUCAUCCAUCCCACACUCAUACAUGUAGAAUACAGCCAAUCAUGCAUCAUCCAUCUCACACUCAUACAUGUAGAAUACAGCCAAUCAUGCAUCAUCCAUCCCACACUCAUACAUGUAGAAUACAGCCAAUCAUGCAUCAUCCAUCUCACACUCAUACAUGUGCCCCUGUCCGCUAAGCUGCGCACUCUCCCUGGGGCCUAAGUCACUGGUAUUCAGUUGUAAUGAAAAAUUAAUAAACUGGUACAGUCAAACUAUAAUAGUCAAAGAAGUUGUCAUUUGAGAGACAUUCUAUCAGGACUUUGAAUGUAAGGUGAGAGACAAAGGACAUGAGAACCUAAAGAUGUUUAAUUCAUACCUCAAAAUUGCUUAAAUGGGGUAUGUAUGGUAAUGCUCCAAAAAAUAUCUUAAGUGUACCCAAUAAGUGGUGACAAUAUAUAAAUGUCUCAAUAUUAGAGUGUACCAUAAAUCCAAAAACUGAAAGUCUAAAACCCCAGGUCCUCAAAAUAUUUUACCAAAUUUAUUUGGUAAAAAAAAAAAAUAUAUGGUAAAAUAUUUUGAGGACCUGGGGUUUUAGACUUUCAGUUUUUGGAUUUAUGGUACGCUCUAUGGUAAUUUAAUAACAUCCUCCCCCUGUCUCUUAUGGUGAACCUGGAGAAGGUACCAGGUUGGACGUGUCCCCACUGGGUUGUAAGUCGACCAGUGGGGAGCAUUAUGGUUGGGCCCCACCGAGUUGGUGGGGAGCCCUGAAAAGGAAGAUGUUUUUAUUAUGCCGAGGGGCGGAGGUGAGAGCCUUGGGGAAGUUAGAUUGGCAAGGACGGUUUCUUUGGUUACUGUAUGACUAUAUGCAAAUUGUUUAUGUUAAUUUAUGAUAUUUAUUAUUUCGUUAUGUUAAAGGAGUCAUACAGUAUUUGGUUGUGUUAAUAAAUGCUGUGGCCUGUUUUCUCCAAGAAGUUGUCUGUCGUUAUUUGAAGGGGUAAGGUAUGGUUUUAUGGGGGAUGGAGGGAAUGCUAUCCAAUGCCCACUACGUACAUACAUACAGUGUAACCCAACCAUCCUUGCCAAUACACUGACCAUGCGCCUAUGUACCCCUUCUUCUCACCUCCCCCCUCGGCAUAAACUCCUUUUGCUUCCAAUGCUUACCACCAGCCGACCUUUUCCUCGCUCGGUGGGCACGACACCCCAGGUAACCUAACCUUUAGAGCAGGGGAGGUUGAGACCUGAAACUUGUUCACUUCAUUCCACAUAAUUAACCUAACCGCCUCAAACUUAAUUGGCAAGGACAUACCCCCGGCUAGCUGCGACUAAAUAUAUACCAAUGGGGCGGGCGGUAGGGAAGCUGUUUGCUGGCCUGAAUCCCAAGUGGCACUGAGGUAAGACCACCCUCCACUAACUCAUAUAGAACAUAAUCCCACCCACAUCUAUCCCCACACUCAUACAGGUGCCCUUGUCCGCUUAGCUGCGCUAUCUCCCCAGGGCCUGGAUGCAGAGAAUGUAUCUUCUAAGAGGUGAUUUCAGUAAAUCCCCACACUGGAAAAGCGAGGAAUGUGUAACAGUAACGGUCGAGACUGAAUAAGCUUUCCGAAUGAAUUAAUGCUGUUAGAAAGGUUUACAGAUCAUUUAUCUACAGAAGUCAUCUUAAAACAUCUGUGGGAAUUUUUGUAGGUAAAUAAUGUGGAAAUUUUCUAACAGUAUUGAAACACUGAACAUACUGACUCCUACCACCAUCACCACUUCAAAUCACUGAAAUGGUGAUGGUGGUUGGAGUUACCUUUAAAGCAGCUCUGUCAUGUCAUGCUUAUCUCUCUUGAUUACUCUUCUCCCACUUUGAGGCCACUUCCCCUUUAAUCUACUUUUGAGAGCGUCGCCUUAUGUACGGUCUUGGUUUCAUAAGAUUCGAUGUUAAUCUGGCCUUGGGCGUGCUUAUAAAAAAAAAAGCCAACAAGACAUAUUUAAUUUUAUUAUUUUCUCAUUUAUUUUUUUGUGCAUGUCCCUUUAAAACAAGAUCUGCCCCUGGGAGUAAUGAAACUUAAUACUCUCCUGUAUUGUAUUUUUUCCUUCUUAGAACGUUACAGAUACAAUGCUCUCCUGAAACAACAUCCAAGUCAAGAAAAUUAAUUACUUCUGCGCAGUCAUGUGACAGCACAGAUAAGGUGAUACCCGGUGAACGCUAUCUGCUGCUAAGCCAC